AAAGACUUCGAAUUCUAUGGUUGAAGUUAUAUGUCAAUGUUAACAUAACCUUUUUGUUGUUAUUCUAGAAUUUUCAUUCCCUGAAAGCUGCAAGUUCCAAAUUCGUUGCUUUGCUAGUUAUUGCGAAUAGGAAUUUAUACCCGGCCCAAAUACAGUAAAAGAAAAUGAUUAUUCCUGUGAGGUGUUUCACUUGUGGAAAAGUUAUUGGAAACAAAUGGGAAACAUAUCUAGGUUUACUUCAAGCUGAAUAUACAGAAGGUGAUGCUUUGGAUGCAUUGGGAUUGAAGAGAUAUUGCUGUAGAAGAAUGUUGUUGGGGCACGUCGAUCUUAUAGAAAAACUCUUGAAUUAUGCUCCACUUGAGAAGUAGGAAGUUACAUAUCCAGAGUUUAAUAUUUAUAAAUUACUUUUAAGAUUAUAUAUUAUGUAAUACUUAUUUAAUACUGAACAUAUGUGGAAAUAAAUUGUUAGACAGCAGUAA